CUCUCUUCCAUCUGCCCACUGGUGGGUGGGCGAUCAUGUUCACAGUCUUAAAGACAAUUCCUCCUCUUGGAUGAGGCGAUGACGAUGCAACAAUCUUGAAUCACCAUCGGCAGGCUCAAAGGUGAAUCCGAGACAUGCAAGACAAUUAACUCGUCGGGCCACCCAGCCUUUGCUAGGUUGAUUUAGAGUGGCUCAAUUUACAGUUAGAGCCAAAAUCCAGGUGGCAGGAAGGUGGUUGGUAAACCUGAUGCCCUCGCCCACCAGAACCAAAAACCCACCACACUUUAUUGCACCACCUCGCAGAGCAACUUUCCGCUUCUUCUCCUUCUUAUCACUGUCAUUGUUGCAAUCUUGACUGACUACAUUGACCUCUAUCAAGGAACCUUGUUGCAAACCGAUAGAAUCUCCGCUUGAGGAUUCAAGAGACGCCGUCCGUGCUGCGAGUAUCGCAAGACUCGACCUUCACCGAGGGUCACUGCUCAGAGAGCGCACGGAUCUCUCGCACAGACAAUCGAACCUAUUGCAUCCACCAUGCGUCUUCGACCCGAGCCACCUUUAUCAUGUCUCGCCACAGCUCUCCUCCUUGUGCAGCCCAUCAAAGCAAUUUACCUACCUCAACUACUGCACGCUUUUGAAGACCUCCAGGACCUUCGCAAACGAUGCGACAACCCUUGCGGGUACUAUGGCCAACUCUGUUGUGAGACCGGAGAAUCAUGUUAUACCGACUCAAACAACCAAGCACAGUGCGGACCAGCGCAACAGGGCGUCACCUCAGCAGCCGGGGGCGUCUGGGAAUACUAUACCACAACCUAUGUUCAAACCGAUUUAAGAACCGUCACGGCAACUUUCAGUUCUCUAGUUUCCGCAGGGACAGGGUUGAGCUGUUCAUACUCUCUUGGUGAGACGCCCUGUGGCAAUGUCUGUUGCAAAUCGGGACAGUAUUGUCAAGCAUCGGGAAUGUGUCUCGAAGUCGGAGGCGGAAGCUCGGGUUAUUACAGCAGUCUCUUCACCGUCACUACUGUGGUCACCAACACGGCCAGCGCCCCACUCAGACCAACGAGCAACACAGAAGUCACAGUGACAUCGGGGGUCACCACGACGGCACCCUUCCAAACACCUGUUGGGACGAACGGAGCCAUCAUCACGGGCCCAAUUGAAGAGGACGGGGGCGGGCUCAGUGGUGGAGCCAUCGCCGGCAUCGUGAUUGGGGUGAUUGCGGGCAUCAUCCUCUUGUUGCUAAUUUGCGCGUGCAUGUGCUUCAAGGGCCUGAUUGAUGGUAUUUUGGCCAUCUUUGGAUUGGGUUCGAGCAGGAGGCGGAGAACAGACGAAGUCUAUGUGGAACGACACUCGCGUCAUGGCAGUCGACAUGACAGCCGAAACAACAGAAGAACAUGGUUUGGUACCCGACCAGCAAGGAGUGACGGUGGUGGAGAAAAGAGGACGGGAAUCGGCCGAGCUGGCUGGGUUGCAGCAUCAUUAGGCGCGCUGGCCUUGUUCCUGGGACUCAAGAGGAGGAGGGACCGUCGAGAUGACAAGAGCAGCACGAUUGGAAGUUCCUACUAUUCUGAUUACACGACCUCGAGCAGCGAGAGCUCAUCGGAUCGACGAACGAGACGCAGCAGUCGGUCACGGUCCAGGAGAUGAUGGAUGAUGGAUGAUGGAUGAUGGAUGAUGGAUGAUGGAUGAUGGAUGAUGGAUGAUG